UGUGUUGCCAACGGAGCAGUUACGGGAUACAGUUGGUCUUUACAUUAUCGAAGAUAGCUGUGAAGCGUUUUUUUAUUGUUUUGGAUUGCUAGUCGAGGGUUUGUUGUAGUUUGGAUAAUAUUUCUUUAUAUAUUUCAUGAGUAGUUAAUUUGGUAAGAAGGAUUUUCGGUAGUAAUUAAUUAUGAACAGAUUUCUGAACUUUCUUUGUUUGUUUAUCGCUGCUGUGAAAUGAAUGCUGUUGACUUUGAGUUUUUACCUCCACCUGAGGCCCCAGUUUUCGAACCUACGGCCGAAGAAUUUAAAGAUCCCUUAGCAUAUAUAGCAAAAAUACGACCUAUCGCUGAACAAACUGGAAUUUGUAAAAUCAAACCACCCCCAGAAUGGCAACCUCCAUUUGCUGUCGAUGUCGACAAUUUCAGGUUUACUCCUCGAAUGCAAAGGCUGAAUGAACUAGAAGCCACAACAAGGAUAAAAUUAAACUUUUUAGAUCAGAUUGCCAAAUUUUGGGAGCUCCAGGGUUCACCUGUGAAGGCAUAUUUGAGGGGCUCUUCAUUAAAAAUUCCCAAUGUUGAAAGAAAAGCACUUGAUUUGUUCACUCUGUAUAGAGUGGUACAGGAGGAAGGUGGAAUGGAUGUUGUUUCUCGUGAACGAAAGUGGUCUCGGAUAGCUACUCGUAUGGGUUAUCCUCCAGGCAGAGGUGUUGGUUCAUUAUUGCGCCAGCAUUAUGAACGGAUAUUAUAUCCAUAUGAUGUGUUCCAAAGUGGAGCAAGUCUUGGUGACAUUAAUUUAAAUGAAGACUCGGAUGAUUCCGAAAAACGGGAUAAGGAUUACAUCCCACAUGGCAUACCAUCUCGCCAGGCAAUAAGGCCUCCUGUUGAUCGCUAUGCUCGCCGUUCUAAAAGGUGUGGAAAAGAAACCGAAGAAAAUCUAGAUGGCAUUGAUUAUUCCACCAACAAUGAGUUGAAGAAAUUGCAGUUUUAUGGGGCGGGGCCUAAAAUGCCUGGAUAUCAUCCAUCAGGAAAAUAUGAAUUUGAAGAAGAAUCUAAAGCAUUUUUAAAGGAAAAUCACAUUGAAUGCUUCAAAGAUUUAAAAAUGGGUCUUGGUGCUAAAGAUCUGAAGAUGGGAUUUGGCAACAAGCUAUCUGGCAAUUUUUUGAAAGAAACUCGAACUAUGGGUGCUGUUGAAGCUGCAAAACUUGGGGCAAUUUUAAAGCGCAAAGAUAGACCUAAAGGAAAGACACCUAUUGAUCAAAUAGUGUGCAAUAUUUGCAACCGUGGAGACGAGGAAGCUAGUAUGCUUCUUUGUGACGGAUGCGAUGACAGUUAUCAUACUUUCUGCUUAAUACCUCCUCUGAAUGAAAUACCUAAAGGUGACUGGAGAUGCCCUCGUUGUGUUGCUCAGGAAGUAUGUAAGCCUCAAGAAGCUUUUGGCUUUGAACAGGCACAACGAGAGUAUACAUUGCAAGAGUUUGGUAUGAAGGCUGAUGAAUUCAAGAACAGUUAUUUUAACAUGCCUGUACAUAAAGUCCCAUUUUCUUUGGUGGAGAAAGAGUUUUGGAGGAUUGUCAAUGCUGUUGAUGAGGAUGUGACUGUUGAGUAUGGUGCAGACCUUCAUACAAUUGAUCAUGGAUCUGGUUUCCCAAAUAAGAAAACAAAAAGCUUGUUGCCUGGUGAUGAGGAAUAUGUGACAUCAGGUUGGAAUUUAAAUAAUUUACCUGUUCUUGAGGGAUCGGUUUUAAAGCAUAUCAAUGCUGAUAUCUCAGGAAUGAAAAUACCUUGGACAUAGGUUGGAAUGUGUUUUGGCAACUUUUGCUGGCACAAUGAAGACCAUUGGAGCUAUUCAAUUAACUACCUUCACUGGGGUGAACCCAAAACAUGGUAUGGAGUUCCAGGUGGCAAAGCUGAAUCAUUUGAAGAUGCGAUGAGAUCUGUUGCUCCAGAGCUUUUUGAUGCUCAGCCUGAUCUCUUACAUCAGCUGGUCACCAUAAUGAAUCCAAAUCUUCUGAUUUCUCAAGGUGUACCCAUAUGUAGAACUAAUCAACAAGCAGGAGAGUUUGUGAUUACAUUCCCAAGGUCAUAUCAUGCUGGCUUUAACCAAGGCUACAAUUUUGCAGAAGCUGUUAAUUUUGCUCCUGCUGAUUGGCUUCCUAUUGGUCGAGUAUGCGUAUCCCACUAUGGAAUGCUUCAUCGCUUUUGUGUGUUUUCUCAUGAUGAGCUUGUGUGCAAAAUGGCAUCCGAUCCUGAUCGCUUAGAUAUAAGUAUUGCUGCUUCAACCUAUCAAGAUAUGUUGAAAAUGGUAGAAUCAGAAAAAGAAUUAAGGAAGUCUCUUUUGGAAUGGGGUGUCACACAGGCAAAUAGAGAAGUUUUUGAGUUAUUACCUGAUGAUGAACGUCAGUGUGAAUAUUGUAAAACAACUUGUUUUUUGUCAGCUGUCACUUGUUCAUGCAAUAAUAAUAAAUUGGUUUGCAUUGCCCACAAAGAUAAGCUUUGCUCAUGUCCACCAGAAAAACACUGCUUAAUGUAUCGUUACACUUUGGACGAAUUACCAAGCAUGUUGCAUCGCCUGAAAGUGCGGGCUGAAUCGUUUGAUACUUGGUCUAUUAAAGUAAAAAAUGCCUUAAAUGCUGCAGAAGGGGAAAAAUUAAGUAUAUCAGAUUUCAAAGAUCUCAUACAAGAAGCAGAAGAGAAGAGAUUUCCCACAACGGAAUUGUUACAAAGUCUUACAUCUGCAGUUGAAGAAGGGGAAAAGUGUGCUGCUCUUGCUCAGCAGUUGCUGAGUAGAAAGGUUCGAACAAGGACAAGGCAGUCCGGAGAAGUCAAACAUCCUGCUCGCCUUACUUUGGAAGAUCUUCAGUUGUUUCAUCACCAGUUAUCUACUCUUGCUUGUGAAAUCAAGGAAGCUUACCUUGUCAAGGACCUUUUGGAUCGAGCUCUUUCAUUUGAAGCUGAUGCUAAAGACAUUUUAAGUGAAGAAGUUGCAGAUUCCAAAAAGUUAGAAAAGUAUCUUGAAUGUGGCAUUAAUUUAGAUAUUGACUUAGCGGAAAUUCCACAGUUAAAACAGAAACUGCAGCAGAGUCGGUGGUUAGAAGAAGUGCAGAGCUCUUUGGUUCAUCCAGAAAUGGUAACAUUAGAUGUCUUGAGAAAAUUAUUAGAUAAAGGUGUAAGCAUACCUCCUCAUCCUACUGUAGAAAAAGUAAUGGCAGAAUUACAGGAAUUAUUAACUGUUGGUGAAAGAUGGGAAGAAAAGGCUAAAGUUUGUUUACAAGCUAGGCCUAAACAUACCCUUUCUGUGUUAGAAUCUGUUCUUAAAGAGGCUGUAAAUAUUUCUGUUCACCUUCCAAAUGUCUUGCAAUUAACUGAGGCUGUCAAGAAAGCAAAAGAUUGGAUAUCUAAAGUUCAGGCUGUACAGAAUGGCAUUCAUAAUCCAUAUCUUGAAGUUUUGGAAUUCUUGGUUGCAAAAGGUAGGCCAAUACCUGUUAGAUUGGAACAACUGUUUCAAAUUGAAGGUCAAGUAGAGGCAGCUAAAGCAUGGAGGGAGAAGACUGCACGUACAUUUUUGAAGAAAAAUUCAUCAUACACUCUACUUGAGGUUUUGUCACCUCGUAAAGACAUAGGCGUACCCCCAGCUGCAAAAAAUAAAAAGAAGAAAUUGAAAGAAAAUGAAGAUAGUCUUUCAGAUGAUACAGCAUGCCUAGAUAUGAAGUUUGAAGAAGCAAAAGAUCCUGCAACCAUUGUUGCCAAUUUCAAAGAAGCAGAAAGAAGAGAGCAUGAAGCCAUGCUUCAGCUUCGUUUGAAGAACAUCAGGAAACGAGCUGAAGAUAGCCCUGAUGCUCGAUAUUGCAUUUGUCAUAAGCCAUCAAAUAAUAGCAUGCUUCAGUGCGAAUUGUGCAAAGAUUGGUUCCAUGUUAAUUGUGUUCCUUUACCAAAAUCUGCUGCUCUAAAGAAGCAACAACAAGCAGGACUUUCAUCUUCAGCUUUGGCCCAAUUAGCUAAAGAAGUUAAAUUUUUGUGUCCUUUGUGUUUAAGAUCUCGCCGGCCAAGACUAGAAACAAUAUUGUCUCUACUAGUGUCUCUGCAAAAGUUACCUGUUAGAUUGCCUGAAGGAGAAGCGUUACAAUGCCUUACUGAAAGAGGCAUGUCUUGGCAAGACCGAGCUCGACAGUCAUUGGCUACUGAAGAAUUAGCUGCUGCAUUAGCAAAAUUGUCUGUUAUAUCACAACGUAUGGUAGAACAAGCUGCUCGAGAGAAAACUGAAAAGAUUAUUACAACUGAACUUAGGAAAGCAGCCACAAAUCCUGAAUUGAAGCCUCAUCUCCAAAAUGUAGCUCACACUGCCUUCAGUGGGUUGCAUGCUCGAGUGGGUGAAGAUUCAAAAUCUGAAGAUCUUCCAAAAUGGGGAGCCACUGUUGCACCAUCUCAGCAAAGCCAAGAAACUGUUAAUUUGCCUUCUCAGUCUGAUGUACCUGAAGAUGCAGUACCUGUUGUCGCUGCAGUACAAGAGGUUCCAUCUAGUGAUCCAGCGAUGCCUGCGAGUGUAGAAGCUGUUGGUGAUUUGAAUACAGAUCCUACACUCCAUCCUCGUGAAGGCAGCAAUGCAUCAGAUAAUGAUGUUUCUGCCAAUUACAAUACUGAGCAUGCUUACUCAACUGCUUCAAAAACUGCCACGG